CUUAGUUGUGGGAAUAGAGGGCUUUGUAGAGUUCACAGUCGCGGGCCAUUCAUUCUCCGUCCAGGUGCGUGCGGGGUGCACUCUGCGGCCCUGGUGAGCCGGUGCCCCGCAGCAGCCCCAAGCUGGAGCGGCCUGGGCAAAGCUCCGGGCUCGACGCCAGGGGAACCGUCGGCGCCCGGACCAGUUCUCUCAGGCUCUGAGUCUUUAAAAAGCCAGUGCAGGUGGGUCAGAUGCAGUGACCACAGCCUGGCCACGAGGUGGCCCAGCCAGGGGCGAGCGUCCUUUGCAGAGACACUGUGUUGAGAAACUGGAGCACCGGCCGGUGCCAAAAUUCGAGCUGGUGGCUGCCAUGGCAACGGAGCCGGGGGCCCUCCCCGGCCGUGCGCCCAAGCCAGAGAGAAGCGCGGGUGACCUGGCCCGCCCCGCCCCCAGGCCGCGGCCGCCUAGCCGAGACUGACCCUCCGCAGCUCCUGUAGUCACGUGGCGCUGGGAACCCGGAGGGGGGAGGUUGGGGACGGGCCUGGCAGUUGUGAACUCGAACCUGCCGCUGUCGCCACGGCGGGGUGGGGAGCGGGCCGCAGAGGCCGGCCUGGGGCUUCAUGGAUGGGCGCCGCGUCCCCGCAGGGCACACGGGAAAGGUAAGGCUGACCUCUCUGCAGUUAGAGGUCUGAGCUCUGCCAUGGGGAUAGGGAUGUCUUUAUUGCUCCAGUUUUCUCUGACAUCCGGGGGCUACCGGAGUGUGGGCCGAAGUAGGCGCUGCAGAAGUAUCCCCAGAAACAUCCCCAGAAGGAGCUGGAAAAAGCCUCAUCCCCAGCUCUGCAGUUUCCAGGCAGAGGAAGAACCGAUGUUGGAACCGCGCUGCAGGGGCACCAUGGCCAUGGGCCCAGCCCAGCCCAGGCUCCUUUCUGGGCCCUCCCAGGAGUCCUCCCAGCCCAACAGAGGGUUGAGGCACCAGGGCAAGUCAGUAGCUCAGCCAGGAGGCCAAGCCCCAGGCAAGGCCCAUCGCUGUGCCCACUGUCGGAGGAGCUUCCCAGGCUGGGUAGCCCAGUGGCUUCACACUCGGCGGUGCCAGGCGCGGCUGCCGCUGUCCUGCCAAGAGUGCAACCAGCGCUUUCGCCACGCCCCCUUCUUAGCGCUGCACCUUCAGGUUCAUGCCUCUGCCGUCCCUGAUCUGGGUUUCACUUGCCACCUCUGUGGGCAUAGCUUCCGAGGCUGGGUAGCCCUGGUACUGCACCUGCGGGCUCACUCAGCUGCAAAACGGCCCAUCACUUGUCCCGAAUGCGACAGACGUUUCUGGCGACAAAAGCAGCUUCGAGCUCAUCUGCGGAGGUGCCAUCCCCCUGCCCCUGAGGCCAGGCCCUUCAUAUGCGGCAACUGUGGUUGGAGCUUUGCCCAGUGGGACCAGUUGGUUGUUCACAAGCGGGUGCAUGUAGCCGAGGCCCUGGAGGAGGCAGCUGUCAAGGCUCUGGGUCCCCGGCCUAGGGGCCGUCCUGCUGUGACUGCCCCCAGGCCCGGUGGAGAUGCCGUGGACCGCCCCUUCCAGUGUGCCUGCUGCGGCAAGCGCUUCCGCCACAAGCCCAACCUGAUCGCCCACCGCCGCGUGCACACUGGCGAGCGACCACACCAGUGCCCGGAGUGCGGGAAGCGCUUCACCAACAAACCCUACCUAACUUCGCACCGGCGCAUACACACUGGCGAGAAGCCUUAUCCGUGCACCGAGUGUGGCCGCCGUUUCCGCCACAAACCCAACCUAUUGUCCCACAGCAAAAUCCACAAGCGUUUGGAGAUCUCGGCGCAGGCUGCCCCCGGCAUUGGAAGCCCUCAGAUUUCAACGGAGCCCAUGGUGCAACCUGCAAUGGGGGCUCUGGGGUCUCCGCGGACCCCGGCCGAGGCAUCUGUGCCCUUGUACAGCUGCGCCGACUGUGGCCGCAGCUUCCGCCUCGAGCGCUUCCUGAGGCUGCACCAGCGACAGCACACGGGAGAGCGGCCCUUCACCUGCCCUGAGUGCGGCAAGAACUUCGGCAAGAAGACGCACCUGGUGGCUCACUCGCGCGUGCACUCGGGUGAGCGGCCUUUUGCCUGUGAGGAGUGUGGGCGCCGCUUCUCACAGGGCAGCCACCUGGCAGCCCAUCGGCGCGACCAUGCGCCAGAGAGGCCCUUCGUGUGUCCCGACUGUGGCAAGGCUUUCCGCCACAAGCCCUACCUGGCUGCACACCGGCGCAUCCACACUGGCGAGAAGCCCUACGUGUGUCCAGAUUGUGGCAAAGCCUUCAGUCAAAAGUCCAACCUGGUGUCGCACCGGCGUAUCCACACUGGUGAGCGGCCUUACGCCUGCCCCGACUGUGACCGCAGCUUCAGCCAGAAGUCCAACCUUAUCACACACCGAAAGAGCCACAUCCGGGAUGGCGCCUUCUGCUGUGCUAUCUGUGGGCAGACCUUUGACGAUGAGGAUCGACUCCUGAUGCACCAGAAGAAGCACGAUGCCUAAGGGGCCAUAGGCCGAGGGAAACAGGCCUGGAUGUCCUUGGCAACAGUGUGCCAGUGGGCCCUGUGGGGGUGCCUACAUUGACGCUACUGGAGGGACAGGUGGGGAUGCCAGAGGGAUAGAAGAAGCAGAGUGAUGUGGGCUCUGUUUAGGAAGGGAGUUUCCCUAAAUGGUCAGGGAAUCCAUUUUAGUAUGCAGGGACCUGGCUUUGAGCUAGCCGGCCCCCAACUGGUUUUUCUAAGGGUCAAUCAGACUACCCUGUACCCUGGAAAAGUAGCAAUAGCAGCUCCAUCUACCCUUGGAGUCCUCAGCUAGAGGAGCCACCAGCGGAAGGGAGCCACUCCAUCCUCUGGUGUUAACGCCUUAAAGUCCCAGUCUUUACUAUGAGUUACUUCAGGUCAGUUUUUUGGAAGUCGGUGUGGUAUAGUCAUUAGUAAAUGAAUCCUGGGGCAGGGAAAGUGGGCCAGCUGGAUACACCUUGGUGAACCUGCUGGCCUUGUUAGACAGCAGGAGAGGUGAAGCUGAGCUUGCUCUUUCUUUCUUUCUUUCUUUCUCUCUCUCUCUCUCUCCCUCCCUCCCUCCUUCCUUCCUUCCUUCCUUCCUCUUCUUCCUCUCUCCCUCUCCCCCUCUUUUUCUCUUUCUCUCUCUCUCCCUCUCCCCUUCUCUCCCUCUCCCUCUCCCCCUCCCUCUCAGUAUCCUUCCACAAUGCCUCCUGCGUAGGUACCAGAUGUGGAGAGGCCCCACCCACGGUUAGAAAUUCCAUCUACUUCUUGCAGGUUGUCCUUCCAGGACAUCUAUUUACUCCUGCACCCGCCUGGCUUUAUCUGCCCUCUCUCCCCGGUACAGGGCUUACCUGACUCUCCCCAACUCUUUCUAGAGCAUCAGGAGUUAUGGAAAGAAUAGUCCACUGGUGCUGGGAGACUGGCUGCAGGGAAAGUCCUGGGCAGAUUUCCAGGUGUGGAUGCCAGCCUCUACCAUGCACCUGGGUCUACUGUAGGGUGAUUCUAACUGUUAAAAUCCUUACUUAUAAUGAUUGGUUUCUGUUUUCCUAUAAUUUCUGCCUACUGGAUCUUGUUUUGUUCUGUGGAUCGAAACAGAACAACCAUUUCCCCUCCUUUUCAAACUAGAGAAUAAAGAAUUGGUUUUAGAACUA